GGCUGAGACCUCCGACAUCGGCAGCCGCAAGUGAGAACUUCACCCUUUUGCGACGCGUCUCGUAAUCUAUAAAGCCAACCGGCGCACACAAAAGAAACAGUCCGCACUCGAUCACGGCCGAUGAUGCUUUGUUAAUAUAAACGAGAUUUUUUUAUAAACCCUAAUCUCUUGCAAUGUUACACCGUAAACAGUGUCAGUACUAAUACAGUGAAUUCAGCCCAAAUAAUUUAAAAAUCCCACCAUUUUGUAUGCGCAUGUGUUUGGACUGCGCUGUGAUUGGUCGUGUAGAGGAACGUACCGAAAAAAAGCAACAUGAGUGUAACCAAUAAUUGUGUCAGUCGCUCGACGUGCAACAGCAAGAGUAGUAUGAUUGUUGUUUCGAAUCGCCUGCCCUUUGUGUUAAAGAGAAAUGAGAAAACCGGUGAAUUAGAGAGAAAAGCCAGCGCCGGCGGUCUUGUGACCGCUGUGGCGCCGGUCGUGAUCCGCGGGAAGGGUAUCUGGGUGGGCUGGCCGGGCAUCCACCUCGACAACCCCAACGAGAAGAUACCGGAGUCCGAUCCUAAUGACAAGACGCCUACCGCUGGAUUGCUGUCCAGUAAGAUCGUCGCCAUCCACGCGGAGCCGAAACUCUUCGACAGCUACUACAACGGAUGCUGCAAUGGUACAUUCUGGCCGCUGUUCCAUUCUAUGCCGGACCGCGCGACGUUCAUCGGCGAUAACUGGAAGGCAUACAUCAAGAUCAACGAGGAAUUCGCGGACAAGACGGUGCACGCGCUGCAUCUGCUGCAGAAGGAGAGCAAGGACAAGCCCUGCUCACCCCCCAUCGUCUGGGUGCACGACUACCACCUCAUGCUUGCCGCUAACUGGAUCAGACAGCGCGUCGAAGAAGACGAUUUAAAAUGCAAGCUCGCCUUCUUCCUCCACAUACCAUUCCCGCCGUGGGACAUUUUCCGUCUGUUCCCUUGGUCCGACGAAGUCUUGCAAGGCAUACUAGGAUGCGACAUGGUCGGUUUUCACAUAACCGACUACUGCUUAAACUUCAUUGACUGUUGUCAACGGAACUUGGGUUGUCGUGUGGACAGAAAGAACCUGCUGGUCGAACUCGGCGGACGCACCAUCUGCGUGAGGCCGCUGCCCAUCGGCGUACCCUUCGACAGAUUCGUCCAACUGGCCCAGAACGCCAAGCCUGUCCUAUCUACCAGUCAAAAAGUCAUCCUCGGAGUCGACAGACUGGACUACACCAAGGGUCUGGUUCAUCGGCUGAAAGCAUUCGAACGACUGCUGGAGAAACAUCCGGAGCACAUCGAGAAGGUCGUCCUUCUUCAAAUCUCGGUGCCGUCGAGAACCGACGUCAAGGAGUACCAGGAUCUCAAGGAGGAGAUGGAUCAGUUAGUCGGCAGGAUUAAUGGAAGAUUCACCACACCCAAUUGGUCUCCGAUCAGGUACAUCUACGGAUGCGUGGGUCAGGACGAGCUGGCGGCGUUCUACCGGGACGCGGCGGUGGCGCUGGUGACUCCGCUGCGGGACGGCAUGAACCUGGUGGCGAAGGAGUUCGUGGCGUGUCAGAUCAACAAGCCGCCCGGCGUUCUCAUCGUGUCGCCGUUCGCGGGCGCCGGCGAGAUGAUGCACGAGGCGCUCAUCUGCAACCCUUACGAGCUGGACGAUGCUGCGGAGGUCAUACACAGAGCGCUGAUAAUGCCGGAGGACGAGCGGAUUGUCCGCAUGAACCACCUGCGGCGGCGCGAGCAGCUGAACGACGUGGACUCGUGGAUGAAGAAUUUCCUUAAAGCCAUGGACUCGCUGGAGGAGGAGGCGGACGACAUCGGCGCCACCUCCAUGCAGCCCGUCACCAUCGACGACUUCGACGAGUACCUCUCCAAAUACAUCGGGUACACGCAGAAGCUGGCGCUGCUGCUGGACUACGACGGCACGCUGGCACCCAUCGCACCGCACCCCGACCUCGCCACACUACCUCUAGAGACCAAGCACACGCUGCAGCGCCUCUCCAACAUGUCCGACGUCUACAUCGCCAUCAUCUCCGGACGCAACGUCAACAACGUCAAGGACAUGGUGGGGAUAGAAGGUAUAACGUACGCCGGUAACCACGGGCUGGAGAUCCUGCACCCCGACGGCAGCAAGUUCGUGCACCCUAUGCCCAUGGAGCUGCAGGACAAAGUGGUCGAACUGCUCAAGUCGCUGCAAGAACAGGUGUGCAAGGACGGCGCGUGGGUGGAGAACAAGGGGGCGCUGCUGACGUUCCACUUCCGCGAGACGCCGGCGGCGAAGCGCGCGGCGCUGGCGGAGCAGGCGCGCCGCCUCAUCACCGCCGCAGGGUUCACGCCCGCGCCCGCGCACUGCGCGCUGGAGGCCCGGCCCCCCGUGCAGUGGAACAAGGGUCGCGCCUCUAUAUACAUUCUGAGAACGGCCUUCGGCUUGGACUGGAGCGAGAGGAUCAGGAUUAUCUAUGCCGGUGAUGACGUCACCGAUGAAGAUGCCAUGCUGGCGUUGAAAGGUAUGGCGGCGACAUUCCGUAUCGCGUCAUCGCACAUAACGAAGACCUCGGCGGAGCGGCGGCUGUCCUCUACAGACUCUGUGCUCGCGAUGCUUAAAUGGGUCGAGCGUCACUUCUCCCGCCGCAAGCCGCGCGCCAACUCUCUUACAUACAAGAGUGCGAGGAAAGCACGCGAUACCAUACAGAUGCACAUGUCAUACCAACCCCCGACCAAAACCUCCCCCAAGCCCACCCCGCCGAGAACACCCGACAAAUCAUCCAGCGGCUCCGAGUCCAGUUAGACUCACUGGCUUAAUGACAGAAUGAGCGUUCGC